CGACAAUUAAACAAGCCGUUAGAGUAACAAAAUAUUUGAAGUUUUAUAUCAAAAUAUCAAACUCAUGAUGAAAUUGCAAUUGCACGAGCACCUCAUUGUACAUUUGUACUAACUACUAUCAAACCAUAUUCAAGAAUCAAGAUCAAAAAUUGACUUUUCCCCAUAUCUAUUCUCCCCUCUUCUCCCUUGUCUUCCUCUCCAUCAUCAUCAUCAUCAUUCAUCCUUUGUGACCCUUCCCACCUCCAUUUCUUCCGGGGGUCAAUUCCCUUUCACCCAAAAAAAAUCCCCCAAAAAAUUAAAAACACCAUUUUAAAUCCUCAAAAAACGAAAAAAUAACUUGAAUUAUCAAUGGCAACACCAGAAAUGGUAGGAACUCAACCAAUUUCAUCAGAUCCAGAAGGAAUUGAUGGAGUUAGAAUGACAUGGAAUGCUUGGCCUCGGACAAAAGUCGAAUCAUCAAAGUGUGUUAUCCCAAUUGCUGCUUCAAUUUCUCCGAUCCAUUCACACCCAGAAAUUUUAACACUCCCUUAUGCUCCCCUUCGUUGUAAGACUUGUGUUGCUGCCUUGAAUCCAUUUUGUCGGGUCGAUUUCACUGCAAGGAUCUGGAUCUGCCCUUUUUGCUUUCAACGGAAUCAUUUUCCUCCGCAUUAUUCCGGUAUAUCGGAAACUAAUCUACCAGCUGAGCUCUAUCCACAAUACACGACUUUAGCUUAUUCGUUGUCGGGUUUGAAUCAAGACCCGCAACAUCAAAAUUUGCCGCCUGUGUAUUUGUUCGUUCUUGAUACUUGUAUGAUUGAGGAGGAAUUAGGGUUUGUGAAAUCCGCAUUGCGUAGAGCGAUUGUUUCCUUACCUGAUAAUGCCCUUGUUGGGUUUAUUUCAUUUGGUACUCAAGUGCAUGUUCAUGAAUUGGGGUUUUCGGAUAUGAAUAAAGUCUAUAUAUUUAGGGGUUCUAAGGAGAUUAGUAAAGAUCAGGUGUUGGAUCAGCUUGGAUUGGGCCCUGCUUCUCGUAGAGGUGGACCUGGUACUGUUGGGGUUGGGCCUGGAUACCCUAAACCGGUUAUGCAAAAUGGGUUGCCAGGUGAUGGGGUUAAUCGGUUCUUGUUGCCGGCUUCCGAGUGCGAGUAUUCACUUAAUGCUUUAUUGGAUGAGCUACAAACAGACCAGUGGCCUGUUCAACCUGGAAGUAGAGCAUUACGAUGCACUGGUGUGGCGUUAAGUGUUGCUGCAGGGUUGCUUGGAGCAUGUUUGCCUGGAACUGGUGCUCGGAUUAUAGCUUUGGUGGGUGGUCCUUGCACAGAAGGGCCAGGAACGAUUGUUUCUAAAGAUUUGUCAGAUCCUGUACGUUCCCACAAGGAUCUUGAUAAAGAUGCUGCACCCUACUUCCAUAAAGCAGUAAAAUUUUAUGAUAAUUUAGGAAAACAGCUUGUUAACCAGGGUCAUGUUUUGGACCUCUAUGCGUCUGCACUUGAUCAGGUUGGAGUGGCAGAGAUGAAGGUUGCUGUGGAAAAAACUGGUGGUCUUGUUGUGUUAUCAGAGAGUUUUGGUCACUCAGUGUUCAAAGACUCGUUCAAGCGUCUGUUUGAUGUAGGAGAACAGUCUCUUGGUUUGUGCUUUAAUGGCACGCUUGAGGUAUACUGUUCCAAGGAUAUAGUAAUUCAAGGUGUUAUCGGACCUUGCACAUCUCUAGAAAAGAAAGGAGUUUCUGUAUCCGAUACAGUCAUUGGACAGGGAAAUACUAUGGCAUGGAAGUUGUGUAGUCUUGACAAAAAUACUUGUUUGACUGUCUUCUUUGAUAUAUCAUCUAGUGAACGAGCAAGUUCUCCUGGAUCACAAUUGUAUCUUCAGUUUUUGACCAGUUAUCAGACCCCAGAUGGUCAAACAAUGCUUCGGAUAACAACUGUCUGCAGAAACUGGUUUGAAAGUGUUGUUGGUUCAGAGGAACUUAUACGAGGCUUUGAUCAAGAAACUGCUGCUGUAGUAAUGGCUCGAUUAUGUUCCCAUAAGAUGGAAAUGGAGGAAGGAUUUGAUGCUACACGGUGGUUGGAUCGAAACUUAAUACGCCUUUGCUCCAAAUUUGGCGAAUACCGGAAAGAUGACCCAUCAUCAUUUACAUUAAAUCCUUGCUUUUCUUUAUUGCCCCAGUUUAUGUUUAACCUUAGACGGUCACAAUUUGUGCAGGUUUUCAAUAAUAGUCCUGAUGAAACGGCCUAUUUCCGCAUGCUGUUGAAUCGCGAGAACAUUACCAAUGCAGUUGUGAUGAUCCAGCCAUCUCUAAUAUCAUAUUCCUUCAAUGCUCCGCCAUCUCCUGCAUUGUUAGAUGUGGCAUCCAUUGCCGCUGACCGCAUACUUUUGUUGGAUGCGUAUUUUAGUGUGGUUAUCUUCCACGGAAUGACUAUUGCUCAGUGGCGCAAUAUGGGCUACCAGAAUCAACCUGAACACCAGGCUUUCAAAGAUUUAUUAGAAGCUCCACAUCAGGAUGCUCAGAUGAUCAUCCAAGAUCGAUUCCCCGUCCCCAGAUUGGUUGUCUGUGAUCAACACGGUUCUCAGGCUAGAUUUCUGUUGGCAAAGCUGAACCCAUCAGCAACAUACAACAACGUCAACGAAAUGGGGGCUGUUUCUGACGUAAUUUUUACGGAUGAUGUUAGUCUACAAGUGUUCUUUGAGCAUCUUCAGAGAUUGGCUGUGCAAUCUUGAUGACACGAACGAUAAAUGUUCAAGUUGUACAAGUUAAAACAAUAUGAAGUCGUGAAUAUCUCGGGUUCUCAAGAUGUUAACCACUCAAUGCCUACGAGUCCUCUCAGCUAAAGAUAAUUGUGGACAUACGUAAUUCUUUUGAGGGGCUUAUUGGAGGCAUUUUGACGGUCGACACAUAAAAGAGAGCGAUACCGGCCAUUGCGUUUUUGUAACUUUAUACAGAAGACAAAUUCGAUAUAUAUUGUGAUAAUAUCAGAUGUUUGAGGCAGUUGAUUUUAAUCGGAAUAUCUUUCCCUCCUCGUAAUCGUCACAGCUUAUGAAUAUGUUUUUUCGUCUUCGUUUUUGAUGAUUUCGGUAUUUCGAAUUCUUUA